CUUCCUCAGCUAUUUCGUAAGAGUUUACGAGAUUUGGGAACAGCCCUCUCUUAAGGAGCAGAUUGGGGAGAGGAGCUUUUCACUCCAAGGAAGACAGUCCAUAAGCAAGGAGCAUCUCUGGUAGCCACCAGGAGGAGACCCUGCGCAUCUCAUCCCACUGCUGGACCGCGAGGAGGUACCAGGAGCAGAUCCAUUCAUGUUGUAGCGACCUGAUAACGCAGAAAAAUGAAAAUACGGCUUUGCUCAGCAGUGACAGCACUCUGUGCUGUCCUGCUGCUAUCUUCUAUAGAGGCUGAAGUUGGUCCUCCUACAGAAUUAAACUUUGAAAUAGUAAAUGAGAACACUGUUCGAAUGUCAUGGCAAAGGCCAGCUGAAAGAAUAAGUGGUUACAGGAUAACAUUGGUCCCUACAGUUGAUGGACCAGCAAAAGAACUGGAUCUGCCAGCCUCGACAACCCAGACUAUACUGACCGAGCUCAUACCAGAUGUAGAAUAUGUUGUAACUAUAGUGUCUUACGAUGAAUCAGAGGAAAGUUUACCUGUGUUUGGACAACUUACAAUUCAAACAGGAGGUCGUGUGACAAUUGAUGAACAGAAACCUGUAGUUACCGACCAACCACGAUGUUCCAUUAGCGCCACUGCAGAUGUGGUAUUUCUUGUGGAUGGCUCAUGGAGUGUGGGGAGAAGCAACUUCAAAUAUAUUUUGGACUUCAUAACUUCCUUAGUGUCUGCGUUUGACUUAGGAGAAGAUAAGACUAGAGUUGGGAUUGUGCAAUACAGCUCUGACACCCGGACAGAAUUUAACCUAAACAGAUACUUUAAGAAAGAUGACUUGUUAUCAGCAAUAAGAAGAAUUCCAUACAAGGGAGGAAAUACAAUGACGGGUGAGGCCAUUGAUUAUCUGAUUAAGAAUUCAUUUGUCGAAUCUGCUGGCUCAAGGAAAGGAUUUCCAAAAAUUGCAAUAAUUAUUACGGACGGAAAAUCACAAGAUGAAGUAGAAAUCCCUGCAAGGGAACUCCGUGAUUUAGGAGUUGAAGUUUUCACGCUGGGUAUAAAGGCUGCAGAUGCCAAAGAACUUAAACAAAUGGCCUCUCUGCCUUCUCUGAAACAUGUUUACAGCGUUGCUAACUUUGAUGCUAUUUCGGGCAUUCAGAAUGAAAUAAUUAAUCAGGUUUGCUCAGGGGUGGAUGAGCAAUUAAGUGAGCUUGUCAGCGGAGAAGAAGCUGUUGAAGCUCCUUCGGGUUUGGCUGUCACAGAGAUUUCUUCCAAAUCCAUGAAGAUCACCUGGAGACCUUCUCUGAGCCAAAUCACAGGCUACAGGAUCCAGCUCAUUCCAAUGAUAGCGGGAAGUAAACAGCAUGUUCUAAAUCUUGGCCCACAAACUACAAGCAUCAAUGUGAAAGAGCUAUCCCCAGAUACAGAGUACCAAAUUAAUGUAUUUGCAAUGAAAGGGCUCACAGCAAGUGAUCCAAUCACAACACUGGAAAAAACCCAGGCCGUCAAAAUACGAGUUGAAUGCUCUGGAGGUGUGGAUAUAAAAGCUGAUGUUAUCCUUCUUGUUGACGGUUCUUACAGUAUUGGCAUUGCCAACUUUGCUAAAGUAAGGGCCUUUUUGGAAGUCUUGGUAAAAAGCUUUGACAUCUCACCCAACAAAGUCCAAAUCAGUCUUGUUCAGUACAGCAGAGAUCCAUUUACAGAAUUUACCCUCAAUAGAUAUGACAAGAUCGAGGACAUUCUACAUGCAGUGAAUACUUUCCCAUAUAGGGGCGGCUCAACCAACACAGGAAAAGCAAUGACCUAUGUCAGAGAAAAAGUAUUAGUUGAAAGCAAAGGGGCAAGACCAAAUGUGCCAAGAGUCAUGAUACUGAUUACUGAUGGAAAGUCUUCAGAUGCCUUCAAAGAUCCAGCCAUGAAGCUGCGGAAUUUAGAUGUUGAGAUUUUUGCUGUUGGUGUAAAGGAUGCUGUAAGGACUGAAUUAGAAAUAAUCGCUUCCCCGCCUGCUGAUACCCAUGUGUACACAGUAGAAGAUUUUGAUGCCUUUCAGAGGAUCUCUUUUGAGCUGACACAAUCUAUCUGCCUGCGAAUUGAACAGGAGCUUCAAACAAUAAAACAGAAGUCAUUGGCAUCUGCUCAGAAUUUGACGUUCUCUCAGGUGACAUCUAGCAGCUUCAGAGUUAACUGGUCCCCAGCAGCCGAUGAUGUCCUGUCUUACCUGGUUAAGUAUAAGGUUGCUGUCGGUGGAGAAGAAUUCAUUGUUUCUGUACCAGCACCGACUACCACUGCGGUUCUCUCAAACUUACUUCCAGAAACAACCUAUGCUGUUAGCGUCUUGGCUGAAUAUGUGGAAGGGGAAAGUGCUCCAUUGGAUGGAGAAGAGACAACUUUAGAAGUGAAAGGUGCACCGCGGAACAUGAGAGUCAGCGAUGAAACCACUGACAGCUUUAAAGUUGGUUGGACUCCAGCUCCAGGAAAUGUUCUUAGAUACAGGAUUGCCUACCGUCCAGUGGCCGGGGGUGAAAGAAAAGAAGUGACGGUCCCAGGCAAUGAAAAGUUUACUACUUUGCAAAAUCUCUUUCCUGACACAAAAUACCAAGUUUCUGUGAUCCCUGAAUAUCACUCGGGUCCUGGGAAAGCUCUAAUAGGAAAUGGGGCAACAGAAGAAGUUUUAGGAGAGCCAAAAAAUCUGCAAGUAUCUGAUCCUACAACAUCCAGUUUUAAAGUAUCAUGGAGUGCAGCACCAGGGAAAGUAUUGCAGUAUCUUGUGACAUAUAUGCCCUCUGAAGGUGGCGAACCUAAAGAAGUUACACUCCAGGGAGAUGUCACAAGUACGGUGUUACAGGAACUAGAUGCUGGUACAAUCUACUCACUAUCUGUAAAUGCAUUGUAUGCAUCGGGAGCUGGAUCAGCCCUACCAGGAGAAGGAGAAACUCUUGAUGAACGUGGCUCCCCACGUGACUUGAUAACCAAGGACAUAACGGAUACCUCUAUCGGAGCAUCCUGGACAGCCGCACCUGGAAUGGUCCGUGGUUAUAGAAUUACGUGGAAGUCACUAUUUGAUGAUGAAACCGGAGAAAAGCGGGUUCCUGCUUAUGUGACUGACACUAUUCUAGAACCCUUAAAACCUGAAACAAAGUACAAGAUUUCAGUAAUUGCUGACUACAAGAGUGGGGAAGGAGAUCCUCUUGAAGGAGAAGCCACCACCGAAGUAUCACCCGAAGCCAAGAUACUGAAAGUCGUCGAUGAAACAGAAAACACGAUGAAGGUCACUUGGCAACCAGCUCCAGGCAAUGUGGCCAAUUAUCGUGUUAUUUACCGUCCAAGGGCUGGAGGAAGACAGUUGGUUGCUAAAAUUCCACCCUCAAUCACCUCGACAGUGUUAAAAAGGUUGCAGCCCAAAACCACUUAUGAUAUUACUGUUGUCCCAGUGUAUAAGACUGGAGAAGGAAAACCAAGGAAAGGACAAGGAACAACAGCUUCUCCAUUUAAGCCACCAAGAAAUCUGAAAACAUCUGAUCCCACCAGGUCCACUUUCCGAGUCACUUGGGAACCAGCCCCCGGGGAAGUAAAAGGAUAUAAAAUUUUAUUUCAUCCUUUCGGAGAUGAUAGACAGCUUGGAGAAAUAAUGGUUGGACCAUACGAUAACACCGUUGUGUUAGAAGAACUCAGGGCUCAGACAUCGUAUAAAGUCAAUGUUUUUGGAGUUUUUGAUGAUGGAGAGAGUGUACCACUGGUUGGCCAAGAAACAACAACAUUGUCUGAUGCUCCAGAUGUGCCUGUGUAUUCUUCAGGCCUGGAGUGCAAAACUAGAGCUGCUGCAGACAUAGUCCUGCUGGUUGAUGGUUCUUGGAGUAUCGGGCGGCCAAAUUUCAGAACCGUCAGGAACUUCAUUUCACGGCUUGUUGAAGUCUUUGACAUUGCCCCGGACAGAGUACAAAUUGCUCUUGCCCAGUACAGUGGAGACCCCAGAACUGAAUGGCAGCUUAAUGCACACAGCACAAAGAAGUCUUUGAUGGAUGCUGUUGCGAAUCUUCCUUACAAAGGGGGCAACACCCUUACAGGCUUGGCUUUGAACUUUAUCCUACAAAAUAACUUCAAGGCAGAAGCUGGCAUGAGAGCUAAGUCACGUAAAAUUGGUGUGCUCAUCACUGAUGGAAAGUCCCAGGAUGAUAUUGUAGCACCAUCAAAACGAGUGAGGGACCAAGGAAUUGAACUAUAUGCUGUUGGUAUCAAAAAUGCUGAUGAGAAUGAAUUGAAGGAAAUCGCUACCGAUCCUGAUGACAUUUAUGUGUACAAUGUCGCCGACUUCUCCUACCUUACUCAAAUUGUUGUUAACCUCACAACAAAUUUGUGUAAUAGUGUGAAAGGCCCAGGAGAUGUGGAUCCACCAUCCGACCUAGUGACAUCAGAACCUACACCUCGGACAUUCCGAGUUUCAUGGGUUCCUCCUACCCACAGCGUGGACAGAUUCAGAGUGGAAUAUUAUCCAGUGUCUGGGGGCAGGCCCCAGGAGGUUAUUGUCAGUCGAUCUGAGAGGACAACUGUAUUGAAAGAUCUUAAACCAGAAACGGAAUACUUUGUCAAUGUAUACUCUGUGGUUGAGGGGGAAAGCAGUGAGCCUCUUGCAGGCAGAGAAACCACCUUACCCAUUCCUUCUGUUAGAUCUCUUAACACUUACAAUGUUGAAACCACAACAAUGAGAGUGAGAUGGGAAGGUGUCACUGGAGCCACUGGUUAUUUAUUACUCUAUGAUCCUGUUAACGCCUCUGUACCUGCAACCGAACAAGAGAUGCGGGUUGGACCAUCAGUGACUGAUGUGCGUUUGGAAGAUUUAGUCCCCAAUACUGAAUACACAUUGACAGUCUACGCUCUCUUCGAUGAGUUGACCAGUGACCCCCUGACCACUCAGGAUGUCACCUUGCCCAUUCAAGGAGUGGGACGCAUAAGGCUCAGAGACAUUACCCACAGCUCAAUGAAUGUUCUUUGGGAUGCUGCUCCAGGGAAUGUGAGAAAAUAUAUUGUGAGAUAUAAAACUGCAGAAGAGGAAGAAUUUAAAGAGGUGGAAGUGGAUGGGUCAAGAACUAGCACGCCCCUCACUGAUCUGUUCUCUCAAACUGAAUAUGAUAUCAGCUUGAUUGCAGUGUAUGACGAGGGCGAAUCUCCUCCACGAGUGACACAAGGAACCACAGCACCAGUACCAGCUCCAAUUAAUCUCCGGUUCUCUGAAGUAACAACUGAUAGUUUCCGUGGCACAUGGGAUCACGGAGCCCCUGAUGUAGCAUUGUAUAGAAUAAAAUGGGCACCAAUGUCUAACCCAGAAAAAAAGACAGAGACUAUUGUUGAUGGUGAUAAGAACACGAUGAUCUUUGAGGAACUGGAGCCAGACACACCAUAUGAAGUUUCAAUUACCGCCAUUUAUCCUGAUGAAUCUGAAAGUGAAGACUUAAUUGGCAUUGAGAGCACACUGCCAGAAGUGCGUCUUACAACCCCAACUCCACGAAAUGGGCCUCGUAAUCUGCAAGUCUACAAUGCAACUUCCAACAGUUUAACCGUGAGAUGGGAUCCCGCCAGUGGGAGGGUUCAACGAUACAGAAUCUUCUAUCAGCCUCUAGUUGGUGAUGGUGUUGAACAAACCGCAACAGUUGGAGGAAGGCAGAACAGCGUUGUUCUUCAACGGUUACAGCCAGACACUCCAUACUCCAUCACGGUGGCAUCUCAGUAUGCGGAAGGUGAAGGGGGGAGAAUUUCCGGUAGAGGAAAGACAAAGCCUCUUAAUACUGUAAAGAACCUUCGGGUAUAUGAGCCGACAACUAGCACCCUGAACGUUCGCUGGGAAGCAGCAGAAGGAAACGUUAGACAAUAUAAAAUUUACUAUGCACCAACUGCUGGAGGGCCUGAGGAAAUGACAACCGUUCCUGGAAAUACGAUCUAUUCGGUCCUCCGAGGCCUCCAGCCUGAUACACCCUACACAGUGACAGUUGUUCCUGUUUAUUCUGAUGGGGAUGGCGGUCGCAUGUCUGAUACAGGCAAAACAUUGGAAAGGGGAACAGCUAGAAACUUGGAAGUAUACAACCCCUCACCAAAUACUCUCAAUGUUCGCUGGGAUCCAGCUCCUGGCCCUGUCCAGCAAUACAAAGUUAAUUAUGCCCCACUCCUUGGGACACAAGUAACAGAAUCUGUUAUGGUACCAGCCAACACUUACAAUGUUUUACUGGAACGCCUAAUUCCUGAGACUACAUACGCAGUAGAUGUGGUGGCUGUUUAUGCUGAUGGAGAAGGGAGUCCAAACAACGGUCAAGGGACAACCUUACCUAGAAGUGGCCCAAAAAACAUUAGAGUUUUUGGAGAGACUACUAACAGCCUUUCUGUAAACUGGGAUCAUGCUGAUGGACCAGUUCAGCAGUACCGAAUCAUCUAUUCUCCAACCGUCGGUGAUCCAAUUGAUGAAUUUACAAUUGUUCCUGGCAGGAGAAAUAAUGUGGUGUUGCAGCCGCUUUUGUCAGAUACUCCUUAUAAAAUCACUGUGGUGGCUGUAUAUGCUGAUGGGGAUGGUGGACAGUUGACUGGAAAUGGAAGAACAGUCGGGCUGCUUGCUCCUCGGAAUCUCCAAGUAUCUGAUGAAUGGUAUACCCGAUUCAGGGUAUCUUGGGACAGAGUUUCAUCUCCUGUUCUGGGGUACAAGCUCGUUUAUCAGCCUCGCAAUGCUGACGAAUCUUUGGAAGUGUUUGUUGGGGAUGUGAAUUCUUACACUCUACAAAACCUGUCUCCUGGGACCACGUAUGAUGUGAUGGUUUACGCUCAGUACGACACAGGAUUAAGUGGGCCUCUUUCAGGAGAUGGAACGACAAUGUACUUAAAUGUAACAGACUUGACGAGCUAUAAAGUUGAAUGGGACUCAUUCUGUAUCAGAUGGACUCCUCACCGAUCAGCAACGUCCUACAGGAUAAAACUGAAUCCAGCGGAUGGAUCUCGAGGUCAAGAAAUUACAGUCACAGGAUCAGAAUCAUCACAUUGCUUUAAUGGACUGUCCCCUGACACUGAAUAUACAGCAACAGUUUAUGUACAGACACCUAGUCUAGAGGGCCAAGGAGUUACAACAAAAGAGCGUACAUUGGUAAAACCAACAGAAUCACCGACGGAACCCCCUGCACCUCCUCCACCUCCUACCGUACCUCCUGCACGUGAAGUAUGCAAAGGAGCCAAGGCAGACAUAGUGUUCCUCAUUGACAGCUCCUGGAGUAUCGGUGAUGAUAACUUCAAUAAAGUCCGUCAGUUUAUUUUUAAUACCAUUGGGGCUUUUGAUGUGAUUAAUCCUGCUGGAAUCCAGGUUUCCUUUGUGCAGUUCAGUGAUGAGGCUCAAACGGAAUUCAAACUGAAUACUUAUGGCGACAAAUCACAAGCACUUGGAGCACUUUCAAACGUCCGAUACAAAGGAGGAAACACAAAAACCGGAAAAGCUCUCAAGUUUGUCCGCGAUAAAGUUCUGACCGUAGAAAACGGAAUGAGAAGAUCCGUUCCCAAAGUGUUAGUAGUUGUGACAGAUGGAAGAUCUCAGGAUGACGUGACAAAGUCUGCCAUGGAUAUACAACAUUCUGGUUUUAGUGUAUUUGUGAUUGGUGUGGCCGAUGUGGAUUACCACGAGCUGAGGAAAAUCGGCAGUAAGCCCAGUGAGCGUCAUGUUUUCAUCGUUGAUGACUUUGAUGCUUUUGAGAAGAUUGAGGAUAAUCUAAUUACAUUUGUAUGUGAGACAGCAACAUCAACCUGCCCACUUAUCUAUCUGGAAGGAUACACAUCACCGGGCUUUAGGAUGUUGGAAGCAUAUAAUCUUACAGAGAAGUCAUUUGCCUCCGUCCAAGGCGUUUCCAUGCAGCCUGGUUCUUUCAACAGCUUCCCUGCGUACAAUCUGCACAAAGAUGCGUUCCUUUCUAUACCUACCUCAGAACUUCAUCCUGAAGGAUUACCCCACUCCUACACGAUCAUUUUGUUAUUCCGGGUACUGCCAGAAACCCCCAGUGAACCUUUUUCAAUAUGGCAGAUUACCGACAAAGGUUACAAGCCCCAAGUUGGAGUAACCCUUGAUGGUUCCAGGAAAACACUGUCAUUCUUCAAUAAGGGAGUUAAUGGAGAAACCCAGACAGUAACCUUUGAUGGUGAGGACAUCAAAAAACUCUUUUAUGGCAGCUUCCACAAGGUAAAGAUUGUGGUAUCGCCAAAAUACGUUCGCAUUUAUGUUGACUGCAGUGAAGUUGCGGAAAAGGAAAUUAAAGAAGCUGGCAACAUUACAACAGACGGAUAUGAAGUGCUUGGAAAAUUGGUGAAGGGUGACAAGAAGUCAGCACCAUUUUUGCUCCAGAUGUUUGACAUAGUGUGCACCGUCACGUGGACUAGUCGCGACCGAUGCUGUGAUAUCCCUUCAAUGAGGGAUGAAGCCAAAUGCCCAGCCUUACCACAUGCUUGUACAUGUGCCCAAGACAGCGUGGGAGCCCCGGGACCACCAGGCCCAUCUGGUAUUCCUGGAGGCAAAGGACCCAGAGGCGAUAGAGGUGUGGAUGGGCCAGUUGGACCACAAGGUCCACGAGGUGAUCAGGGUCCACCUGGUCCACAGGGGCCACCAGGACCUCAAGGGCUAAAUGGACUCUCUAUUCCUGGAGAACCUGGGCGCCAAGGAAUGAAAGGUGAUCCUGGUGACCCAGGAUUACCAGGAAGAAUGGGUUCUCCUGGAGUUACAGGACCACCUGGUCCUACAGGCCCACCAGGACAAAGGGGUUUUACAGGAAAAGAUGGUGCCGUAGGACCUAGAGGACCAUCAGGGCCAAUGGGCCCCCCAGGAGCGCAAGGAAUGCCAGGCCCCAGUGGUAUACCAGGGAAGCAAGGAGAUAAUGGAUUACCGGGUCCUGCAGGGCAGAAAGGAGAAAAGGGUGAAAGGGGAGAUAUUGCGUCUCAGAAUAUGAUGAGAGCAGUGGCAAGACAAGUAUGUGAACAGAUGAUCAACAGUCAAAUGAGCCGAUUUAAUCAGAUGCUGAACCAGAUUCCGAACGAUUAUUAUUCAAAUCGUAACCAGCCAGGACCUCCCGGACCUCCUGGCCCACAAGGCAGCCCUGGAAUCAGAGGCGAGCCAGGAGGCGCAGGAAGACCUGGAUUCCCAGGCACACCUGGUCUUCAAGGACCACCUGGAGAAAGAGGUGUACCAGGAGAAAAGGGAGAAAGAGGCAACCCAGGAAUCGGAUCUCAAGGACCCAGAGGAUUGCCUGGAACUCCAGGACCUCCGGGUGAUUCCAGAACAGGACCACCAGGUUCUCCAGGCUCUCAAGGGCCUCCUGGUCCUCCUGGUCGCCCGGGUAAUCAAGGUAUUAGAGGCCCCACGGGUCCAGCUGGAUAUUGUGAUGCUUCAUUGUGUGCAAGUAUCCCUUACAAUGGACAAGGAUACCCAGAACCUUAUCAACCUGAAAGUGGACCACAGGAACCUGAAGCUCGACCCUACGUAAUACCAAUGCAGCUAGAAAGGACUGAUGAUGAAUUUGAUGAAUAUGGACAUGAAAUGGCAGGAUAUGCCGAACAUAUGCGGUGGAGGAGAUCCUUGGGAAAGAAAAUUGUGAAAUCGUAAUGUUUGCUGUUUUUUAGUAUGUUUGCCAUUUACAUGAUUAGGUCUGUAUAAGUAGAAACAUGCAGUAGGGAAAUAGCAUACUUUCCCAAUUCCAGGAUACAACAGUAAUCAAAUGCACUUACCCCUCUCCCCAUUAAAUCACUUUCUAGAACCCAUACAAUGUUUUUUGAGUUCAAAACGAAAAUAUUCUGGUCUAAAGGAAUCUAUAAUUCCUUAAAACCCCAAGCUAAUUUUAUUUUUAUUAUGGGACUUAGAACCCCAUCUUUAUUUUCUAAGGUUCUCUCAUUACCCAGGCACUGCUUCUGCCAUAAUGCUUUUUUUACUUGCUUGUAAAAUAUUUUGUGUUUGCUGUGCCAAAUAAUAAUUUUGAACGUGUGAAUAAAGACAACGGUUUGUAGCAAUGUUACACAGUACAACACAAUAGAACUACAAAGUCACCAGUCUAGAUUACCUAAGCAGCGAUUUUAAUGGUCCUGCUUAGCUAGAACUGAGUAGCAUCUAUACAUUGCAAGAACUCAUGUAAUAACUAGGAAAACAAUCAAACUUUCUGUUUCAUAACUUAUCCUACUCCAAGCCUCGGUUAUACAUUAUAGGAGAUAUACUGCUUUUAUACUAUGCUUCUCUUUUUUAAAAAAAUCCAGAAACAUAGCUGAACAUGCUGCAUCAUUUUGAUGCCGGUUUAUAUUGUAGACACGUUAACAGUGACAUGUAUGCCAUGUUGCAGUCAGUCCUGCAGAAAAAGAAUUGCAUGUUUGUGCUGUAUAUUUAGUAUGGACAUUUUUCAGAAUAUAGAGUUUCUUAGUUCUCAAAGCAGUUUGAAAUUGUAUGCAAGACUAUGAAAAUAGAUUUGCUGUUUAACUGCAAAUUGUGAAUUUCACUGCCUUAUAUUUUUUAUUUAUUUCUGAAACCAAAGAGGCGUUUUUCAAUAAAACUACUGAAAAUGUA